UUGAGCUCAUCAUCAUGAGGAGUUUUGUGAUAGCAUCAGUUUUCACAGCUCUGAUCGCAUCAGCAAUCACCGCGUCGGUAAUCAAAAAACACAAUUCAACUACGCGUGCUUCCAAAAUUACUGUCGCCCCAAAAAAACCGAUCGAGUCAACGAGACAGAGCCGUUGUUCCUCUGCAACUCAGUUCCAGUGUGAGAACGGUGAAUGUAUUACCACAGCUUUGGUAUGCAAUGGGUAUAGAGAUUGCAAAGAUGGCACUGAUGAAAAGUUCUCCAUUUGCUUUUCGCCAGGUGGCCGUCAAAUCACUACCAGUACCAAUAAACGAUAUGGUGGAGUUGGCGACCGUGGUGCCUUUACUUGCGCUGAUUAUGAAUUCUUGUGCACCAGCGGCGAAUGUAUCAACCAACAAUACGUUUGCGACAGAAUUAAUCACUGCAGUGACGGUAGCGAUGAGUUUUCUACUAUCUGCCCUAGUGGCUUUAAUGGUAGUGGUAAUAAUGGCAGGAAAUGUCUUGGAACUGAAUUCCAGUGCAGAAAUGGUGAAUGUAUCUUCGGUGGAUACAGGUGUGACGGUAUCGCACAUUGCUUUGACAGCUCCGACGAGGAUUGGUCGAUUUGUCAAAAUGUCGUAAAAAAAUCAGAAUCCUCCCACAGACCACUGAUACUCACGAGACCUACAGGAACUAACCAAAGAGAUAACAAUGGUAAUCAAGGAGGUAAUGAUACUUACCAAGGGGGUAGCGGUGGUAAUAAUGGUAACAAUUGGGAACAAAGACUAAUUCGAUGUAAUAUUCCACCUCAUCCAAGUAACGGACGUUGGAAGCUACAUAGAUCGCUCUGCGACUCCAAUAUCGAAUGCAGGGCACCUUCUGAUAUGAAAACUAUGAAUCCGGGCAGUUAUCUUGUCUAUAGUUGUGAUAAAGGCUUUAUGAUCAAUGGUACUAGCGAUGUACUUUGCGGUCCUGAUGGUCAAUGGAUUCAUACGCCUAAAUGUGAUCAGGUCAAAUGUCCGGAUUUGAGCUCCUCGACGACUGAAGCCCUUUGCACGUGGAAAAGCACGAUCGUGUCUUGUGAAAUACCCGUCCCAAUAGACACAAUUGCUGACCUUAAUUGCCGUAAAGGAUUUGUUCAGGAAGUUAUGUAUGAACAGGCCUACAAGCAAGUAAAGUGUCAACCCGAUGGCAAGUGGAGUCCUAAGCCUAUUCGAUGUGUCAAGAAACCUAGGAAAAUUAAGCUAGUAUUAGAGGGUGAUAUGAUUAUUCUUGGAGAGUGAACAUCUGUUGAAAUUAUGUUUACGUUUAUGCAAUAAAAAACAUAAAUUCUGUACUGUACUAACUUGGUGUAAGAUAUAAUUUAUUUCUCUUUUCAAAUAAAUAGAUAAAAAUUUUAUCCAGUAAACUCUGAGCAAACCAUGAUUCUGUAAGAAAUGUUAUGUUAAUGCCACUUGGACACCAGUUCUUCAUUUUUAACGUUUUUUUAUACAUUUUAAUAAUAUAUAUACAUAUAGCAACACACUACCGAAAUCACAAAUUACACUUUCACAACAGUUACUAACAAAAAAUGUGAAAUUUGAACUUUACUUCAAAUCAAUGAACAAUCAUUUUGAAACAUAUGGAUGGCAGAGUGAUAAAAUUUAGUGGUAACAGAGAUUUUAUGCUAAAUUUAUGAAUGAUAAAAUCAAAAGAAUGAAUUGACCGUUUUCAACUCUUUGUAUGA